UCGAUAGGUUUCUUCCUGGUGGGGAACUUUUUCAAGGUCUAUUUGGAGGGCUUUCUUCUCCUCCCCCCUCUUUUCUGCCCCCUGAAAGCGAGUGUUCCACUGCCAUGGAGGCGCGUCAUGCAGUUGUUGCGGGGCCCGAAGCCGCCGGGAGUAAAUGGCCGAGCAGGACCUGUUCGGUGCUCUGUUGCCUUGCGGUGGUUGCCUUGCUGGCGCUCCUGAUAGCCAUCGCUUGCCUGGCGCUGCGAGAUUCAGGACAUGAAAAAGAGAAAAUGGCUAGUCUAGAAACCAGCAUUUUAGGAUUUUGGAGCCUUCUUAUUCUAGCCAUGAUGACUGGGCUGUCGUGUUGCAGUUUUUCCUGGACAGUUAUCUAUUUUGAUUCAUUUGAACCAGGAAUGUUUCCUCCUACUCCACUCUCCCCUGCACGAUUUAAGCGACUGACAGGACAUUCUUUUCACAUGGGCUAUAGUAUGGCUAUAUUGAAUGGAAUCGUGGCAGCUUUCACUAUAGCCUGGUAUCUUUUAUAAUCUGCUUUUAAAUCUGUUUUUCAGAAUAUAGCCCUUGAAACCAAACCAGGUAGCCAUUUGUAUACAAUAUGAUAUUUGCUAUACACUUCUCUUGUUUGUUUUGUAUAAUGUUGCUGAGGAGGGAAAUAUUAAAACACAUGAACUGAUGGAAUUUGACAUCAAAAGUCGACCCAGGCAUUUAAGGAACCAUUGCCACUUUCAGAUUCCACUUGACAACCUCGUCUAAGAAUGAUGUUUAAUUCUGAAGAUCUUCCUACAGUCGUUUUUUGUAUACCAUUAAAUAAAUUUAAAAUAAGUUCUUAUCUUGAUAUGUCUCAUGAAUAGGAACAAUUUAUGGAAUUUGUAAUUCAAAGUGUUUUAUUUACUGGAAUUAGAUUUUUUUUAUAUGUUAUUGAUUAAAGGAGGUCAUGUAUCGACCUUAAAUUGCUUUGAAAGGUAUUUUUUUUCAUUGAUCCAAUGAUUUGAAGUGAUGUUUUUCCAAGCAUGUAUUAAUUAUGCAAUAUUAACCCUUCUGCCUUCCCAGUCUUUACGCCUCAGAUUGCUCUGUAUAAGAGCAGACUCAUUUCUAGAACUCCAUGGACUAGAAAUUACUAGAAACAAUUGUCUAAAUAGCAUGUUCUUGGAUAAAUAUUGCUAAAUAUUUGCAGUAUUUGCAACUAUUUAAAAAUUAAGGUAUUUACAGUUGAUCAGGCAAAAUGAAAAAGAUGGAAAUCUACAUUAUUUGUAAUAAGUAAAAAUGUACGUGUUCUUAUUAAAAUAUGUUGACACAGAACAAAUCAUGCAUUUGUUGAAAUAUGAUUCUGUAUUUCUAAAAUACUAAAAUACUAUGGAGAAAGAUCCUGUUGCACAUUAGAACAACAGGAAAACUUAAUGAGUGAUUAAGAGUAUUUUCCCUUUAUACCUUGAACUCACCAAAAGUCUGUGCUAGAGAUUCAUCGGCUAUCAGUAACAAAAAUUCAGCAGCUACAGGAACAUAUCUGUGGCUGCAGGAACUGAAAGGCUCAUCUCUUACCAAUUAUUCUUCCAUCAAUGGAAGCUAAGUUUGGAUCUAAAAUGUUAGCUUAAUUUCUUUCUGGUUCUUAAGCAAUGUCAUAUGAUAUCAUUACAUUUUGAAUAUGCAGUAAAAAAA